UCACAGUUUGAUGCGGUGUUUGGUAUGGAGGUGUCAUUGGACCUUACUUCUUUGGAGACGCUGCAGAUCUGGACCACUAUAAUUCCUAUCUGCUACAGCAACACCAAGUACAACAAACCCAUCAUCUGCACCAUCACAGCCAAUCGCCGUUCACUACACCCUCACCACCACCCCCACAGAUGAGGCACUCCAUCCCUACCUCAGUCAUCCAGGCAACGACUAGUAGCAUGUACGACGAUCCAUAUAUGUUGGGAUUCUCGCCCAGAAAGCUCAAAAAGGUGAAGAAGCAGAAAGUAGGAGAAGGGGGUGCCGUGAAACGGAAGAGUAGGGAGGGAUCCACAACCUACCUUUGGGAAUUCUUACUCAAGCUGCUGCAAGACAGAGAGUACUGCCCAAGGUUUAUCAAGUGGACCAACAGGGAGAAGGGUGUCUUCAAGCUAGUAGACUCGAAGGCGGUGUCAAGGUUAUGGGGGAUGCACAAAAACAAACCUGACAUGAACUAUGAAACAAUGGGUCGGGCUUUGAGAUACUACUAUCAGCGAGGCAUCUUGGCAAAGGUGGACGGUCAACGAUUAGUCUACCAAUUCGUGGAGGUGCCCAAGGACAUAGUUGAGAUAGACUGUACGGGCGCCGCGUGAACGCUCUCAACUUCAUAGCGAUUCUACGGUGAUUGUGAGAAUUGCUGGCCUCCUCGAAUUAGUCAGUCAAAGGCGGAGACUCACUUUACAGAAGGUCGUAAGAAGAAGUUGUGAUAUCGUUCUAGGGCGAAGAAAAUGUAAUUUUAAUAUUGGCAAAACUUAAAUUACGAAGCAUCUCAAACGUUUGUCAAGCCACAAACAUAGAAACGACUUGCACUAUAAAAUCCAAAUAUUUUUCAGACUAUACAGUGCCAUGAUUCAAAUAAGUUUCUCAUUUUAUCAAAACAUCUUUCUUACAGACUAACCAAAUACCCAUGCAGAAGGAUAUAUUUUAAAAUUAAUAUUAGUAAUAGCUUACAUUUACUGGAAACUCCUUUUGUCAUAGAUUAGUCAACUAGCUAUCUGCAUAAUAAUGCCGGCUUCUUGUGUUCUGAUCAAUAGAUUGAUAUUAGACAACAAACAAAAAAAACUUCAGUGUCAGGCUUAUUCUAGUUCUGUCUAAAACUUAGUCCAUGAACGUAGCCCAAUAUUUCGGUUCUAUGGACCUUCACUGAGGAAAGUUGCAUCCACUGACUAACAUAACAAGGAGUCGCAGUACCCGAAUGAAUCGCUGUCUCGAAAGUACAAUAAAGCACCCUAACUAAUUUAUUUUGCGUCAAGGAUUUGUACAUAGAUGACUCAAUGGAAUAUCCAACGAGCGUAAAGAUCUCAAUUCCUAAUGGUGACCUCUUUGGAAGAUGUUAGAUGGACUAAGAGGUUGUGAUUGUGUUAUCUAAAGUAGCUGGCAGUCCCUCCAGGGACAGGGAUAACUGGUUACUGAAAUAAAAUUAUUAUCAUGUUUAGAGUGUCACAUGAAUGUUGUCGUAACUCGUAUGACAUAAUGCUCAUAUUUGAGCAAGAAUAUAACAAGGAUAUUUUUCAUACCAAGCAGCACCUUUAAUUUAUCAACGUCAAGUGAGGUCUUAAGCAUCAUGCCAGCUGUCAAAUAAGUGGUGUGUCUAAGCAUUGCUACGCAUCUUGAACAAGAUACGUCGAUCUAGCAGUACGUGAAAGUGUAGCUAAAAUCCAUAUAAAAAAAUCAGAAUACGUAAAAAAUAUUUCAACUUGUUAUAAAUUGACUCUCGUUUCCUCAGCUUCCUCGGCUGACUUAAUAAGAUGCUUUUAAAUUUGGGUUGUCGUCGUUUUCCAAAACAUCGUAACUGUAACCACACUAUUUCAUACAAUGUUGGAUGGCAUUUACUUUAUCUGACAGAUUGUAACAAUUGAACCAUAUUGAUGCAUGUGCACUUUAACUUAGUUUAGCAUUUCCUCCAAUCCUCCUAUCAACAGGAAUUGGGUAGUUAUUGUCAACAACGACAUAGAUAAAUUUUAUCAAAGACUAUUUUGCUCAGCUUAUGAAAUUUUAUAUUUGUAAUUGUGUCAUUGUCAUUGUGACUGAGCAAGUGUCGUUCUAUUAGUCAUGAAUUGUUAACGCCAGAUACAUAGCAUCCGACAAUACUCCACGUCUACGGAUUAUUGAUUUUACUUUGUGUUAAAUCCUCUGCUCAAUGGAUGUAUGUAUAAUUCAGUAUGGUUUUUGUCCGUUUUCAUGGACUGCAUUUAAUUAGCAAUACAUGUACAAAAAUACAGAAUAUCUAUAUAAUUUUUGAUCACUCGUAUGAGUUAUAAGAAAAUUGGUAUAUCAUGUUAUUAGAUAUAAAUACAUAUUGUAUCACUGUUGUUUCUGUUUUUAGUAUGAAAUAGUGAAUGUUAUCAUAUUAGAUUUUUUAUCAAGUUGUACAUUUUAAGGAAAAAUAUUGCAGUUAUUAAGUAUGGCAGAAAAAAGAUAAAAGUAGAAAGAGUGAAAUGUGAUAUGAAAAGACGAGGUAUUUUGGAGGAAUUUUUCAUGCUUUGUAUAAUAUGUUUUAAACUCGUUGAAUACACGGAAGGUGCUUUACAAAUUGGUGAAGAAAAGACUGUGCGGUGCCUACAGAUUGACAGUUUCUAAGCAACUGGUAUUUAUGAAAAAUAGCUCUCUUAUAUUUUCCAAUGAAUUAAUACUUUCGCUUUUGUCUCAGUAUGUAUACAAUGUUUUAUAUUUCUUCAAAUAUGGCUAAAAAGUAGUUAAACUCCUGAAGGUAUUGUCUUCAAGGCUUGGACCAUAAAUAGUAAGGUUUUGUAAUGCGUUACACCAGGUAGAAUACGUUUACCAAUGGUUCACCCAAUAUUCAUUAUAUUGUAUAUCUACCUAAACGGUAAAAAAACUGUGUAACAUCCCGUAACAACUAUGCAUAUUUGUAAAAAGAGAUUCAAUUAAACUUGUACAUAGUAAACAUUUUUGAUCACUUUUCUAAAAAUUCAUAUUACUAUAGGUGUACAUUCUGUAUAGUAUUUAUUUCGAUUCAAAAUAUCAUGUUUUAAGUCAAUUUUGUUCUGUAAAUUUUUGUAACCUUCUGUGAUUUUGUAAGCUUAGUUUUCUAAAUUUUUAUCUAAGUUGUUUACAAUACGUGUACCUAAAUGAUAAUGUGUCUUGCAUCCCCUUAACUCAGUGCAAAUCAGGAAAAGUUAUAUUGUAGUCUUAUGAACAUUAGGAUAACGGGAUACAAAAUUUUACCAGUAUGACAUAUUUAGAAAGUAUGGAAUGAUGACUUUUGUGCACUGUAACGAACGGCCACUAGAGACGUUUUCAACGAAUAUACUUUUACGGAAUUAGAAAGACCUAUACGUCAAUUCGGCAAAAUUUUCAAACCGUUGUUCUGAGCGCUCGUACCAACAAGGCAGAGCAUGGAGAGUGAAAUGCUCAGAAAAUGGAUAUCUGUUUGUAUGCUGGUGAUUUUUUUUCCCCGAAAAUAAGACAUUUGGUAUAUAGAUGAAUCAUAAGAAACUAACCCAGGUUUUCUCUCAGUGAAAAUAUAUGCCCAAAAUAUGUGUAGAUCAGAUAGUGUAAGUGUUACGAUGUUGACAACAAACAAAAAAUUCUUGGAACUGUGUAUUAUUAUCGUCCAAUAACAAUGUGAUAUGUCUGCAUGAUUGUUAUUUGUCGCCUAUAGGAUAAUUGUUGUAUAUGUUAAAUGUUUAUGUUGUAAUUGUAUAGAAUAACUGAUUGGACCACAAACUUAUUUGCUAAUCUAAUGCCGUUUUAUAACCACGUGUUACUUUGAGAUGAACUGUACGAACAUUUUUGGUGAUAUUGCAAUAGAGAUGUUACAGAUUGUGUAUAUAGCAUAGUUUUUAUUACUUCGCAAAAAUACCUACCUAUCUUUAGAAUAUUAGAAUUUAAGUGAUUUGAAAACACAUUGUAUAGAUUUAUUUUAGUUGUAACUCGAGGUACUUCUUUAUUACAUGGUUUAUUGUAAUAUCUUG